AUUUCUUACCAUUCACAUGCAACCUCUGCAAAAAGGAAUUUUGUGUUGACCAUCACACGUAUACUGCCCACGGCUGCACAGAAAGUUACCGAGCAGAUGUACAAGUACCUAUAUGCCCUCUUUGUGAUCAGCCAGUACCAAGUAAAAGAGACCAGCCACCAGAUUUAGCAGUUAAUGACCAUAUGGAAAAUAACUGCAAAAAUAAAGCCAAGAAAAAGAUCUACACAAACAAGUGUUCUGCACCAGGUUGUAAGGGUAAAGAAAUGGUAAAAGUAUCGUGCGACUCCUGUGGCCAAGACUUUUGUCUGCGACACAGACAUACUUUAGACCAUGACUGCAAAGGACCAGUAAAUCCUCGUGGUCGUGCAGCGGCAGCUGCGGCUUCCAGAAUGUCAGAUAAGAACAAGAGCAAAAAACAAACGAGCAGCGGUAGCAAUGGUAUUCUAAAGUAUCUGAAUCAUCCUCCAGGAGGUCCAAGACCUACAGGGAAUGCACCACCCAGUAGGGGUGCCAGUAUGUCUUCUUUUCAGGCUGGUUUGUCCGAAGAUGAGGCCUUAGCCCGAGCAUUAGCAGCUUCAAUGCAGGACACAAAUGGAUCCACUAGUCAGCAGCAACAGUCACAGCCUCCUCCUGCUGAUAACGAAGAUGAACUCCUUGCUCAAGCUAUAGCUGCUAGUCUUGAACAGCGUCAGGAGCAUAACAAUACUAGUCGAAAUAGCUGUAAUGUCUGCUAACAUUUUUAUGGCACUUUGUCAAUGACUUCAAAUAUAGAUGUAUUGUUUACCUAUAUCAGUGAAGUUUUUUGAGCUUACAGUAUCGGUAUCUGAUAUACAUUAACUGUGAUUGGCCACUAAUGCUGGGCAGUGCUCUAGUCUGGUUACAGUGACAUAGGCUGCAGAUAUUUACUGUUGGUUCAAAAGAAUGGACAAUACAUUUUUGUGUAUGAUGCAUUUUAGGAUGUUAUUGUUACAAAAUAUAUCACUAUUUUUGCACCUAAAAAGUACGAGAUUUUAAUAUAUAAACAUUAUAUCAUAAUUUAUGAAUAUUUCUAUUUUCAUAAUAUACCACAGGUUUUCUCAGGUCUAGCAUGUUUUAUUUAAUGAACUGAUGUUUUAUGGAAAGCAUAACAUUAUUUUUAGGGGCUCCGUGACAUUAAUUGCACCACAGGUAUCAAUGAAACCUUGUGCCCUAUUUUUGUAGCAUCUCCAGAAUUCACUUGUGAAGAAGUGUCUCGGAGCUAUUUUUUUAAUUGAUGGUAAGAUCGUCAGUUAUUGAUUGUAGUUGUACACCUUAGUAAUAAUCAGUCUCAUAUUACACCUUGUAUUUUAUUGUUGAGGAAUUGGAUGAAAUGUGAUUUGUGAUUUUACUGUCAUUGUGUACUUAAUUAAUGGUUCAAUAUAGUUGAUGUGAGGUCAUUUUUACUUGAUAUAUAUCUCUGCAGUGAUUUUGAUAUAGCAAAAUCUGCAGUUGAUUGUAGGGUAUUGUUUAUAUGCCAGCUUAGACAUUCUGUAAGGUUGCAGACGGAGAAGUCAGUUCCUUGUAAUGGUAACCAUUUUUCUUAAAGGCCUUUCUGUCAGUAGAGGGAGCAGUAUUAAGAAGCCAAACCCUCAUGACUUUACACUGCCAAGGAUAAAAGUUAGGCCAUCUAUUUAAUGUUCAUGAAUACAGGAAAUAAAUGCUUUGAAUUCUUCCCUUGUUGUAACUGGUUGAAGAGUCAGUCUUAUAACCAUUAUUUUUUGGAUAAUUUAAUCAUUAAUAAAGCAACAAAGAACA